AUGACUUUUUCUGUUUAUGCAGAUCCUGUACUCCAGGUGCCAAUACAUGUGGAAGAGCCAGCAUUUCUUCCAGACCCGAAUGAUGGCAGUUUGUAUACACUUGGUGGCAAGAAUAGUGAAGGCUUGACUAAACUUCCAUUUACUAUCCCAGAGCUGGUGCAGGCAUCUCCCUGUCGCAGUUCAGAUGGGAUCCUGUACAUGGGUAAAAAGCAGGAUAUUUGGUACGUGAUUGACCUCAUGACUGGGGAGAAGCAGCAAACCUUGACUUCCUCAUUUGCAGAAAGUCUUUGCCCGUCAACAUCCCUCCUGUAUCUUGGGAGAACAGAGUACACGAUCACAAUGUAUGACACCAAGAAGAAGGAGCUGCGAUGGAAUGCCACCUAUUUUGAUUAUGCAGCUACUCUGCCUGAUGAAGACAUAAAAUAUAAAAUGUCCCACUUUGUGUCUAAUGGAGAUGGACUGGUGGUGACCGUAGACAGUGAGUCUGGGGACGUACUGUGGAUUCAGAAUUAUGCUUCUCCUGUGGUAGCUUUUUACAUCUGGCAACGUGAAGGAUUACGGAAAGUUAUGCACACUAACGUGGGGAUAGAAACUCUGCGAUACUUGACAUUCAUGUCUGGUGAGGUUGGACACAUUACCAAGUGGAAAUAUCCUUUCCCAAAGGAAACAGAGACCAAGAGCAAACUGACACCAACUCUAUAUGUGGGGAAGUACUCCACAAGUUUGUAUGCAUCACCAUCAAUGGUGCAUGAAGGGGUAACUGUUGUGCCCCGCGGCAGUGCCAUACCCUUACUAGAGGGUCCAAAAACAGAAGGAGUCACAAUUGAAGACAAUGGCGAGUGUGUUAUCACCCCCAGCACGGAUGUAAAGUUUUCAGGCAGACUGAAAGAAAAGAACAAACUCAACUAUUGGAACGACUGGCUUUUAAUAGGGCACCAUGAAACACCAUUAUCUGCUCCUACAAAGAUCCUGGAGAAAUUCCCGAGCAACUUACCCAAGAGGCCUGAAAAUGUGAUUCCAGCUGACUCUGAUAAAGCCACUAUUGAAGAGGUUAUUGACAUCGUUGAAGGUUCCUCAACAGAAGUGCCUCCUGCUGGUCCAAAGGAUAUUGAGGAGAAACCUGCUUGGCCUAUCCCUCGGCCAGAAGCUCCUGUGGACUCCAUGUUGAAAGACAUGGCCACGAUCAUUCUCAGCACUUUCCUGCUUGUGGGCUGGGUGGCUUUUAUCAUCACUUAUCCAAUGAGUGUACAUCAGCAGCAACAGAGGCAGCAUCAGCUGGAAGAGAAGAUACAGCUCUUGCAGCAACAGAAGCUGCCCUUUCGUGCUCCCAGUGAUCUAUCCCCAGAAGCAGAUUUCUUGAACAUCUCCUAUGGUCGGACAGAGAGCUCAGCUACCAGCACACCAAAUAUGUCCCCCAGAGCAUCAAACCAUUCUGCGUAUUCCAGCAUCUCCACAUCUGAUGUUGGGAGCUGCCUCUCCACUGAGCAGGAAGAAGGAGAUGAAGAGGCAAACAGAGUGAUGGUUGGCAAGAUUUCGUUUAACCCAAAAGAUGUAUUGGGACACGGAGCUGAAGGGACGAUUGUUUACAGGGGGACAUUUGAUAACCGUGAUGUUGCAGUGAAAAGAAUUCUUCCCGAGUGCUUCAGCUUUGCAGACCGUGAAGUACAGUUGCUGCGAGAGUCAGAUGAGCAUCCUAAUGUGAUCCGCUAUUUCUGCACGGAGAAGGACCGGCAGUUUCAGUACAUAGCCAUUGAGCUGUGUGCUGCCACUUUACAGGAGUAUGUUGAGCAAAAGGCCUUCAGUCACCAUGGCUUACAACCCAUCACUCUCCUGCAACAGACGACAUCUGGUCUUGCUUACCUGCACUCCCUUAGUAUUGUCCACAGGGACCUGAAGCCCCAUAACAUCCUCAUCUCGAUGCCUAAUGCCCAUGGGAAAGUCAAAGCUAUGAUUUCAGACUUCGGCCUGUGCAAGAAGCUGGCAGUGGGCAGGCACAGCUUUAGCCGUCGGUCGGGUGUGCCAGGCACCGAAGGGUGGAUUGCCCCAGAGAUGCUGAGUGAAGAUUGCAAAGAGAACCCUACAUAUACCGUGGACAUCUUUUCAGCUGGCUGUGUCUUUUAUUAUGUGGUAUCUGAAGGCAGCCAUCCCUUUGGCAAAUCUCUGCAGCGGCAAGCCAACAUUCUGCUGGGUGCAUACAGCCUGGAGUCUUUAAAUGCAGGGAGGCACGAAGACAUAGUUGCUCGUGAUUUAAUUGAGCAAAUGAUAAACAUGGACCCUCAGAAACGUCCGUCUGCCAGUUGUGUGCUAAAACACCCAUUCUUUUGGAGUUUAGAAAAACAGCUCCAGUUUUUUCAGGAUGUUAGUGACCGGAUAGAGAAAGAAUCUUUAGAUGGUCCAAUAGUCAAGCAAUUAGAAAGAGGCGGAAGAGAGGUGGUGAAAAUGGACUGGAGAGAGCACAUCACUGUUCCUCUUCAGACAGAUCUUCGAAAAUUCAGAUCCUAUAAAGGAGGCUCAGUACGGGAUCUUCUGAGGGCAAUGAGAAAUAAGAAGCACCAUUACAGAGAACUGCCUCCUGAAGUGCAGGAGACCCUGGGCUCCAUCCCAGAUGAUUUUGUAUGUUACUUUACAGCUCGUUUCCCUCACCUGCUCCUACAUACCUACAAUGCUAUGCAUAUCUGCUGCCAAGAAAGACUGUUUCAGCAUUACUAUAAUCAGGACUCUGCAGAGCUGAGCCUUGCAGGAGACGCUGUUUGA